AUGGCGUCGGGAAGAAGUUCCAAGUUCGACAAAGUUCUUGUUAUUGUGGGCGCAAUUGUAAGCAUAAAUGUGGUUUCAAUAAUAGGAACCUAUUUCUUGGACGUAAAUGAGAAAAAGAAGUAUAAACUUAUCCUGAUUCAAUGCUUACUUGCAACACAAUCGCUCAUGUUUUUCACAGCAAGAUAUUUAUGGUUACGUCUGUGCUCUCCACUUUUCAACUCUGCUUCCGUUCUAAACAGAAUUCUUUUCCUUCUUUUGAUGGUGGUUAUCAUCCUAGCCCAAGGAAGUAUUAUGCUGGGGACAAUAUUUUCUGGCAUUGAGCCGCAUUGGAUUUCUUUGUUGUCUUACAUAUGUUUAGGAUUAUUUAUACUGUUGACAACGGCGACUUUGCUUGCUGAUUUCGUGACGUGUCUGUUUGGAGCGAUUAACAUGCGCUCUGGUUCUCUCGCAUCAAAGUCACGCUAUGCAAGAUUUCACGUUAUCGGUAUCAUCAUAAUUUCAUUUAUGUUGGCGCUGGUAGCACUACAUAAUGGUCUUAAAGAACCGCUGGUGAAGAACAUUAAACUACCUGUUAAAAAUCUCCCUCCAGAAUUAAACGGAUUCACGAUUGUUCAUCUUCCUGACUUGCAUGUUGGGCCCACCGUAGGGAAGACCAUGCUGGAAAAAGUAGUUCGAACUACAAAUCAAUUAAAUCCAGAUGUCAUCGCCCUAACAGGAGAUCUGGUUGAUUCAACUGUGUAUCAGAUUCGACAGGCAGUUAAACCAUUGCUUAAGUUGAAAGCAAGAUAUGGUGUUUAUUUUGUGACAGGUAUAGAUCGAGAACAUACUUUUCAGUUUGAUUUAAAUGCUCUUUUAGUUCAAGUCUUCAAAGCCAAGAGUUCUGCUAGUGCCUAUCUCACAUAAAAUGACUAGGAGUACAGGAUUGUUACUCAUCCAAGAUGGGAAACAGAGGUCUGUUGCAGGUACCUUUCUGGCAAUUUGUCAAGUUUUCCUGGCAACUUGCUGGUAUUCAGUUACACUCUUAAGCUGAAGAGGGUACUGUAGGAGUCUGGUGUUUUUUCCUUAUGGCAAAACACAUUGACCUUGCCAGGGCUCAAAAUAGGACCUUUCAAACCAGAGUCCUUUUUUAUCCUGAAUCUAGGUCACAUCCAUGGAUGUACACAGCAGAGAUUCCCUUUGAUAUUGUCUAAAGAAGGGUACAUGAUGAGAGAGUAAGGACUACCAAUCUGAUGUGCCUUUUAUUUGAUAGGAAACCAUGAGUACUAUACUGGCGAUGUUGAUGGUUGGCUUAAAGAGCUGGAAUAUCUUGGUGUAACACCUUUGCACAACUCUCAUGUUAUGUUGACACAUCCAGAAAAAUCCCAUGCCAAAAUUUGCCUAGUUGGUGUAGAUGACGUAGAAGGUGGAUUUCUAAGGUGGGUUAUAUACUGGCAAUGCAUUCUUAGUGAGCAAUUCUGUGAUUUUUAACUUAGUUGCAAAGUGCCAUGGGCAAGAGGGGUAUGGUGCUCUAGAAAUGAAAUGUAACUGAAUUUUGAAUUGAUUUUUUCAAAUUAGAUCAGGAGAUCAUGGAAGUGACUUAACCAAAGCAAUGAAAGGAGUUGAUAGCAACAUUCCUACAGUUCUCCUUGCUCACAGACCUAAAGUAGCAAAGCUUUCCUUGGAUAAUUACAGCAUUGAUGUUGUCCUCACUGGUCAUACACAUGGAGGGCAGCUAUUCCCAAUACAUCUGUGGCACUUGAUUAGGGAACCAUACUUUGCAGGAUUAUACCAACACAAGUCUGGAUCCUAUGUCUAUGUUUCAAGCGGGGUACACUUCUGGGGCAUGCCAAUGAGGUUAUGGUCACAGGCAGAAAUAACUCAUGUCACUUUAAUUACUACCAGUUAAAUAUUAGCGUUGUCUCUGUUCAGGUAU